GUUCCAGUGUUGCAUGUUACUCUUCUUUGUGGUGAGUGGAGUUCGUCUACUGGUGGGUUGUCAACAAUAAACAGAGAGCUUGCUAUUCACCUUUCAAAUCAUUCAGGGGUGAAGGUUUCUUUACUAGUCCCAGAGGGAGCUUGCAACACUAAAGAAAUAAGAGAAGCAGAUGGCUAUGGAAUCACCAUUGUUGAAGCGAAAGAACGUGCAGCAUAUGAUCGUCUUGACUGGUUGAGCAUCCCACCCCAGGACCACUCCAUGGACGUCGUUGUUGGCCAUGGUGCAAAACUUGGUCGGCAAGUACAAUUCAUUCGAGACGCUGCUCAAUUUCCAAAUUGUAAGUGGGUACAAGUGGUUCACACUGCUCCAGAGGACCUGAGCAGAUACAAGUGUUACAGUGACCCCAUUUCAAAAGGUGAAACAAAACACGAAUCAGAAGUUGAGCUUUGCAAACUUGCUGAUCUUGUUGUCCCGGUGGGACCCAGACUAAAAGAAGCCUACUCUUCAUAUUUACGGCGAUGUAAGACAGAUCGAGACAUUUUGUCCAUUACUCCAGGCCUUUUCCAAAGGGAGUUUGGGGAUUUAGUGGCAAAACAAGAUCCUAACGAGGAUGGCGAAUUCAAAGUGUUGUUAUUUGGUCGUGGGGAUGAUGAGGACUUUGAACUCAAAGGAUACAACAUUGCUGCUCAAGCAUUCACUGAUCAGCGGUUAAAACACAAACCUUACCAUCUAGUUUUUGUCGGAGCACCUGAAGGAAAGCAAGAAAAAGUUAGAGAAAAACUUCUUCAGAGCGGUAUUGCAGAAGCACAGUUGACUGUUAGAAAAUUUAUACAAAGUAGAGAGAAACUGAAAGAUUUGUUGUGCGAAGCUGACCUUGCCAUCCUGCCGUCAAAAUCAGAGGGAUUUGGACUUGUUGCACUUGAGGCCUUGUCUGCAGGUUUACCCAUUCUUGUAGGUUGUAGGUCAGGAUUUGCCAAGGCAUUAGAGAAUGUUCCUCAUGGUCAUACAUGCAUUGUGAAUUCAGAUUUAAAUCUUGCAGGAUGGGCAAAAGCAAUAGACGCUGUUCGUCUCAGGCAUAGAGUGAGGCUUCAAGAGAUUAAAUCACUGAGAGAAUCUUAUGGGGAUAUGUACAGUUGGAAGGAACAAUGCGAAGCCCUUGUGAAGAGAAUGUGGGAAAUGGUCAAUGGUAUGAAUUUU